ACCUGCCGCACCACUUCACUUGGAUACAGCACUACAACAAAGCAGCAGGGCGACACUUUCUCUUUCUCUGCAACAACAACAACCACUACAGAGGCAAAAGCACUAUCUUUUGGACGACUAAGACUUCAAGGUGGAAAGUUAAGACAAGUAAGCCUUCUUAGAUACCUGCCAGACGGUACAACAAAGAAGCAGCGCAACAUUUUUUCUUUCUCUGCUACAACAACAACUACUACAGUCUCGACAAAAGCACCAUCUUUUGGACUUAGUAAGACUUUCAGAGGGAAAGUUGAGAUAGCAGUAAGCCUUCUCAGAUAGCAGCCAGUGGAGGACUAUCAAGAAAUCAACACACGAUGGAAAAGGUGGUGAAGACUACGAGACCUCGCCUGGGAACGUUGACACGGGGCUUGUCCACGCUGUCUGGAAACAGUCUAUCCCUGAGGAGAAUGCGACUGGAGAGUUCAACAACCUCAGCAGCGUCCGAAGCCGCCACCGACGACUUGGAGUUUCGGGAACAGGUCCCGCCGACAUACCAGUUGGGACCGACCAAGAAGUUCUCACAAACAGAGGUGAAAAACGUGAUCCAGUCAGUGCUCGAGAACAAACUAGGAGAAACCAAGUACGAGGAGACCCCUGGCGGGACCCUCGCGAAGUGCCUCUCAGAUGACAUCACAAAGGAAGUGAAGAAGCUCGGCUUUGACAGAUACAAGAUCGUGUCCACCGUCAGCUUUGGCCCCCUCAAAAACAGCAGUGUGAAGUAUGUCAGCAGGUGUAUCUGGAAUCCCCAGUUCGACAACUUUGCAGAGUACACGUACAGGAAUAAGUCUCUGUACUGUGUUGGGACUGUGUAUGGGGUGUACGUGGAAUGAGGGGUGGCCAGAUAUUUGUUCAUAAUCAUAUCCAUAAAGCAGGUGUAUUUGGAAUCCUGAGUUCAACAACUUUGCUGAGUACACGUACAGGAAUAAGUCUCUGUACUGUGUUGGGACUGUGUAUGGGGUGUACGUGGAAUGAGGGGUGGCCAAAUAUUUGUUCGUAAUCAUAUCCAUAGAGUAGGUGCAUUUGGAAUCCACAGUUCAACAACUUUGCAGAGUAUACCUAUAGGAAUAAGUCUCUGUACUGUGUUGGGACUGUGUAUGGGGUGUACGUGGAAUGAGGGGUGGCCAGAUAUUUGUUCAUAAUCAUAUCCAUAAAGCAGGCGUAUUUGGAAUCCUGAGUUCGACAACUUUGCAGAGUACACGUACAGGAAUAAGUCUUUGUACUGUGUUGGGACUGUGUAUGGGGUGUACAUGGAAUAAAGGGUGGCCAGAUAUGUCUUCAUUAUUAUAAUUUUGGGGCCUGCAUGGGGGGGGGGGGCAUCACCAAUGCUCUACGUUAAAUUCAUAAAGGCAGCAACCAUUUACAUUGAACUCGGCAAUCUGGCUUCUAUUUAUGCUAAAUACAGUUGCAAAUUACAUAAUUAUGCUUGGAUUUAUUUUCUAUGUUAUUAUAUCCGUCCAGCUACAAACUACACUGAAUCAAAGUAACAGCUGAUUAUGCUCUAUAUAAAGGGUCAUGUAGGGCCAUGGGUUUUUUUCAAGGUGAAUGUGAAAUAUUAAGUGGUGUUUAAAUGUCAUGUAACACUAUCUGGCCGACACCUGAGCAAUACGAUCCUUUGAACAAAUUAAUGGCUUUAUACUAACUGUUGAAUUUAAAACUGCUGCUAAGGGGAAACAAGAAUUUCUAAGUACAUGUAGCCAUUAUGCCUGCACAGGUGAUGAAAUGAAUGGAAAUGAAUGUUAUACCCGGAGUACUAAUUUUGCACAAAGAAAAUCACCAGAAUUUCAGAUGCAGAUCACAACAUUUGCAAAUAACAACUGGGUCUAAGCCUUUUUGCCUAAUUGUAAAAAAAAAACUUUCAAUACUUUGAUGUGUUCACUGACUUCUGAACAGCUGUGUUGAAACUAAUUUAUAUCGUAAGCAAAUAUAUUUCCUUUUUUCCGUCCACUUUAUAUCUAUUGUAUCAAUGCACAGAUGUGUGACAUAUUAAAGAAAAUGUUUUGAUACAACACUCAAGGCAAAAGCCAAUAAGUCAUUUCUGAUAUCAAGAUAUUAUAUUAAUUAUCUAUUUAAAACUUUUGAUGCAUUUGAAGAAGAUGCUACAAUUGUACUUUGUGUGUUUCUUAUAAAUCAUUUUAUUGACUGUUAUAGUCACAAACUCCA